AUGAAGCUGUUUGACGGAGCAAUUACAAAGGAAGGUUACUUGGUCGCAGUGGCCAUUCAAGAUGAGAUGUACACCGCCGUAGAUGUUUUGGACGUUGAUCUCAAAUCCGUGCUCCGAAUCUGCUAUACGAUUCUGGGUACAAAGUUACGGGACUAUUUCCACCCUGUGUUACACCACUACAGAACAGAUCACAAUCCGAGCAGAGCCUGGCCGUGCAAUGGUGACGCAGCUGCUACGGUGGUGAUCGUUCUCUCGGUCUUCUUGUGA